AUGACAGCGACAGCGAAACGGAACCAUUCGAACCUCCUCCAGGCAUCAAACUCCCUGUGGGGCUGGUGGUUUUUGGAUUUCCUUGAAUUCGACAAUCCGCUUCAUCCCUACUACAAGUACUUGUCGAAGCUGAUACGCGAAAAGAAAUACACUCCUAGUUUAUCGAAACAUGCUAAGGCUAGUGCACAACGUGAUGAGAAGGGAGUUGGUUCACCAAAAGUAUCGGCCAGUGACAGCAAGGAUAAGAGAUCGAAUGCCCUCACCGCUUUGGCUUCUCAGCACGAAAACGACAGCGAUUCUGAUUCGGAUUGUGAGCUGCAUCCAUCUCUAUUGGGUGGAUCACGUAAAGGUGCACGAAGUCCUGACGUAAUGGACGGGACAGAAAAUGCAGCUGGCCCUAGGCGACGCCCUGCAUCUCCAUCUCCUCCACGUGUCACAGCACAUCGUCAUGACUACGAUAUGAGCACGAGUAACGAUAUCUAUGCGUCGCUGUUCAAGAGCCUCAGUAAGGUGUCUACGGAGCGCGAGGAAGCUGAGAAGAGGAGAAUAGAGAAAAUUGAGAUUGAAAGGCAUAUCGCAGCCUCUGCACCUCCACCACCAGAUGAAGACUAUCAAGCAUGGUGGUAUUCGUUCUACGGAACUCCUUGUCCCUUUUCAAGUCCUCAGCCGAUGGUUCCCCCUCCUCCAGAUCUUCAGCCGGUAAUUUCAAGCUAUGCAGAAUUUGUUGCUCGUCACGGUGCCGAAGCUGAAUUGGAGUUGAGAGAGCGCGUGGAUCUGCAACUGACGUUCAUGCACCCGCAUAGUCCUCACUUUUCCUACUACCAGCACCAGGUUCGCUUGGUUCAAUGGGAUCUUGCAAGGAGAGCUAUAGAGCAGGCAGAGGAACUAGCUCGAAAUGCUGAGAUGCAUGAAGCAGAAAAUGGGGACCCCUACAGUUGUGGAGGGUACGAGCGAAAUUAUCCAGUCGGAGGAGGUCUGCGCACUUCUUCGACAUCCUCUCCACUACCACAAGAUCCCGCUGUUCCACUGUUGAAUAGAAAGCAGAGGCGGAGACUCCAAGAUGGUUUUCGUGUAGCAACCACUCAACCUGUAGGAAUUGUAGAUCCAGUGGCUGCGAUAGCGUUAGCCGAUCCUUUCCACAUACCGAAAGUGAGUUCAUCGCCUGCGCUUCUUACCACCCCAGUAGUUCAGCCAAUUGCGGAAGAUGCCGGAGCCGUGAGUGACGGCGGUUCAUCAGCCGUGCAGCCAUCUAGACCAUUCCCCUCCGUUCCUGUUUCUUUCAGUCUAGCUCCUAUAAAGGAAGAGCUUCCGUGUUCGUCAACUGGGCUCGCGAUCGCGGACGACCCUGCCAGUGGUGUGCUCGUUGACGUACGCACUUUAUCACCGCUUACUAUAGCUCAGCAACCUAUGACAAGUCCUCACAUACUUCCACCUCCAGUUCCACCAAACAUUCCAAGCAACACCCAGUUGGAUAGGAAAGAAAAGGCUCGCAUUUUCAUGGAACGGCUGCUGAAUGAAAAGCGUGUCAAAAAACUCCGAGAACAAGAAGAAGCACGAAUUCGAGAGCUCGAAGCUCAGAAAGCUGAAAUUGAAAGACAACUGGCUGAAGAGGAUGCGAAAAGGAAAAAAACUUCCUUAGAAAUGGUGGACAAAUUGAUUGACAGUAGAUCUCGUAGCAAGGAAAGAGAGAAGAAGAAAAAGCGGAGACAUUCAAGUGAUUCCCGGAGUAGAGAAAGGGAGUCAAAGAAACACAAGAAGGACAAAAAGGAUCGUCGAUGA